UAGUCUCGUGCAUGCAAAUUAUUUGCAAAAUUUUUAUUUGCAGAAAAAAUUAAACUUGAGAACAUUGAAGUGUUAAGAUGCUGACAAUAUUAGCUUGCAUGAUUGUUGUUGCUUACGCAGGGAGAGAGCCCUACUUAGGUGAAGAUAUUGAUAUUUUAAUAGAAAAGAGCAAACGAUCUGGUGUAACAGCAGUUCCUCGUGAAAUUCCAAUUACAGAGGAACAAAAACGAGAUUAUGAGCACUACAAUACAAAAUUCGCUGAGAUAGCCAAAGCAUACGCCGAAGGCUAUAAAGCUGCUAUAAAAGCAGUUCAAGCACGCGCUAUAAUUGCUCAGAAACGUCUUCAACAGAUGCAAGUCAAUAACGUUCGCUCUACUAUACCUGAAGUUCCAGAUCGUGGUAAAACAGAAAGAUUAGAAACUUCGUUGUUCAGCUUUCCGCCCACAAACGAGGUUACUGAAAAUGGUAUUGAAAAGUCUGAAAUACCUCACCCUGUAAAUAAUGAACAUAGAGUGUUUGAACGAUCAACAAACCUGUUUAAAGGCAAAGAAAACUUUGGGGAGGAAGCAGCUUUUGACUAUCAAAAAGAUGCUAUAGCACAUGCUGCUGGUUUAUCUGAAACAGUUGAGAAUAACUUCCAACAGGAAAAAAAAAAAAGAUCUACAGACGAGCCAAAAAUUAAUCGACAUCGCAGAAGUCGUAUGCCAUACCUUGGACAGAACUUGGACGCACUAGGUAUUGUUCGAGCAAAACCGAAUUGGGAAAAACCUGUCAAGAAAUCAAUUCCACAAGUAUCCAAUGCCAAUACUUUAUUUUCUAAUGGCUAUCUUUCUCCACAACAAUAUCCAAUGUAUAUGCAACCUCCUCCAGCACAGCAACAGUUACUCCCUGAACCUUAUCAGCAACAAAGAGCAUAUUUCCGAUCUUAUCCACCAUCAUAUUCUCCUUUAGUUCAGAGACAAGCAAUGAAUAAUUUCUUUAGUGCACCUCAAUCACCACAAAUUAGAAGUUACAUUAAUAGUGCGAUGUAUCCAUCUUUUCCAUUCCAGAAUUAUGGUAAAGUAGUAAGUAAUCAACCUUCAGAUGUUGAAACUACUCGUCGUAAUGAAGAAGUUGUUCAAAAGAAAAGAAGUGCAUCACCCGAACCAAGUAUUGAAAAAUUAAAUUAUGCAGCAAGGCAUCGCAAUGUUUACCUAGAUAACAUAAGCGGAGAUCCAUACAGUGGAGGAAGCGCUGUUUUAUCCAGACAGAAUAUUAUCUACAAAAAUUAACCGUUUUUGUUCUGUACGUUCACUUUUUUAAUGUAAUUGACUUUUUUGUAAAUUAGUAAUACGAUGUAUUCGACCAAAUUUUGUAAAUGAUAAGAUUAAAUGUUUUGAUUUUUAUUGUUAACUUGUGUAAACAGUUGUUUAAUUAGUUAAAAAAAUGUUGUGAAA